UCAAGUCUGCUUUCAGCUUGGUGUAGCGCAAUGGAUGUCGUAACAGCUACUCGACAGUAUAUCUCGGAGAUGAUAAGACUAGCAGGUCCCGGGAUGAAGGUUAUGAUGAUGGAUAAAGAAACGACAAGUGUCGUAUCGUGCGUAUAUGCGCAAAGUGAUGUAAUGCAAAAAGAGGUCUAUUUGUUCGAAAGAUUGGAUUCAGGUGCCGUUCGAGAUCCAAUCAAGCAUCUCAAAUGCGUUGCGUUUUUAAGACCAACACCCGAAAAUGUUCAGUUAUUGGCCGAGGAAUUGCGAUCGCCCAAAUACGCACAGUAUUACAUAUAUUUCUGUAACAUUAUCAGUAAAACCGAUGUUAAAAUAUUGGCCGAAGCGGACGAGCAAGAGACGGUGAGAGAAAUGCAUGAAUUCUACAUGGAUGCGGUACCGUUAUGUUCACAUCUGUUAACAUUGAAUAUUGAGCUGAGUUACGGCCCAACCUUCUCAAUAACACCGUCUGUUUUCCGUCGUUCGUUGCAAGCCCUCAUAGCCACUCUUCUGGCCGUCAAGAAAAAGCCUUCGAUAAGAUAUCAGAGUUCAUCGCGGGACAGCAAACGGUUAGCGGACGAAGUGAUGAAAGCGAUAAUACGUGAAGAGAGUUUAUUUGAGACUUCAAAAUCGGAUGCAUUACUUCUGAUUGUCGAUCGCAGUGACGAUCCGGUCACUCCACUCCUCAAUCAGUGGACUUAUGAAGCAAUGGUGCAUGAACUGCUGGGAAUAAGAAAUCAUCGUGUCAAUAUGGAAUCAGUUCAAGAUGCUGGCAUUGUUCUUCUCUCACCAAUGCAGGACACAUUUUACGCGAAGAAUAUGUAUGCAAAUUUCGGUGAAAUUGGACAGAAUAUUAAAGAAUUGAUGACUGAUUUUCAACGAAAAGCACAAACGAAUCAGAAAUUAGAAUCUAUUGCCGAUAUGAAAAACUUCGUUGAGCAAUAUCCACAAUUCAGGAAAAUAUCUGGAACCGUAUCGAAGCAUGUUAUGGUUGUUGGUGAAUUAUCACGAAUUGUUUCGUCGAAUAGCCUUCUUGAAGUAUCUGAGGUCGAGCAGCAAGUUGCAUGUGAUGGUGAGCAUUCGCAUUGUUUGAAUGACAUACGACGGUUGCUGCAAAACCAACAUAUCACUGAUAUUGAUGCGUGUCGAUUAGUGAUGUUGUAUGCGCUCCGAUUUGAAACACACACCAACAACGAUAUCAGUGGUCUUGUUCAACUCUUGAAACGUCGUACGUCAAACACACGGCUAAUCAGCGCCGUAAGAGCGGUUUUGGACUUUGCGGGUGCAUCGCGCCGUCAGAAUGACUUAUUCGGUGGUAGUGCGAUGGCGAUGACGAAGCGCAUCAUAAAAGGCUUGAAAGGAGUCGAGAAUAUCUACACCCAACACGAACCUUAUCUAUGUCAACUAAUUGAUUCGAUCGCUAAAGGACGUCUUUCCGAAACUGCAUAUCCACACGUCACUGCGGCACAUAGGUUCGUUGAAUUGAUUUUGUUGUUUUUGGAGUAG